ACUGGGGAAAGAAAAGGGAUACACGUGUCAUGCAUAGCUUGAUUGACGGUAGAUCGUCAGGGAGAUGAGAGAGAAAUUGCAUCUCUGUUUGACUCUACUUUCUGUUACAAUAAAUACAGGCCAUUGUAAUCAUUGUGGGAUGUGAAAUUUAUCAAUAACAAAUGCAGAAGAGAAUAAUACCCUCUUUCUGGUUCCUAAUCAUUGAGUUCUUGUGUGUUCUUGGAUUGCUUCUGUGAUUCCCUUUAACAUUGGUAUCAAAGCUUGCGGUCCUUGGCAAUGGCGGAAGGAACUCGAUUGCAUGAUUGAGAAAGAAGACUGGUCGCAAUGAUGGAGGAGCUGGAGCUUCGACAAGAUCAAUUGCGAAGGUGGACAAAAGUGAGACAUCAACAGGCUUUUGAUGAGAUCAAGAGCUUGAUUGUUGGUCUCAGCUUACAGAAUAUGGAGAGAGUGGGUGAAAGGCCUGUUGAAGAGGAAGAGAGGGAAAAUCGAGAUGGAAGAAUCAAGCGUGGGUGGAGCCAUUCCACAAAGCUUGAAUUUUCAAGAUUUGAUGGUGAAGGAUUGAAA